AUGGUUGGAGGUUUGUACGGCGACUUACCCCCUCCGUCUUCCGCCGCGGAAGACGGAGGCGCCACCACAUCCGCCACCAAUAUCUGGUCCAGCAGCGUUAAGAUGGUCCCUCCCACCCUCCGCAAGCCCCAACCUCCUCAGACAAUCCUCCGGCCACCACACACCAAGCCCAAACAAUCCCAGCCUAAGCUCACCACCACAGCUCCCCAAAACGCCGACGAGAACACAAACCCUAACCCCAGCACGGCGUCCUUUCAACCCGCGCUCGUCGGAGUCACCAGCUCCGUCGUCGACGAAUACGAUCCGGCCCGGCCUAACGACUACGAGGACUACCGUCGGGAGCGGAAGCGGAAGCAGGCGGAGGCCGAGAGGAUGAUGGCUAAGAUGGGCUGGAAGCAAGGACAGGGUUUGGGCAAGCAGGAGCAAGGGAUUACAGCGCCACUCGUGGCCAAGAAGACAGAUAAGAGAGGUGGAGUUAUUGUGAAUGCCGGCGAGUCAAACAAGAAGGUUAAGAGUGUUAGCUUCAAUGGGACUCCCACCAGAGUUGUGCUUCUUAGAAACAUGGUCGGUCCUGGUGAGGUGGAUGAUGAUUUAGAAGGUGAAGUAGCAGAGGAGUGUACUAAAUUUGGUACAGUGACUCGUGUCUUGAUAUUUGAGAUUACUGAACCUAACUUCCCACACGACGAAGCUGUAAGAAUAUUCAUUCAGUUCGAGAGAGCAGAACAAGCAACUAAAGCUCUGAUAGAACUCGAAGGCCGCUUUUUCGGAGGAAGGAUUGUCCGUGCUUGCUUUUAUGAUGAGGAGAGGUUCAACAACAACGAGUUGGCUCCUUUGCCGGGAGAAGUCCCUGGCUUCUUUUGA